AUGAGUGUUCGCAAGUUUAGUAAGAAGUUCAGUGUGCAGUCUGUGGAAGCACCAGAUUUGAAAGGUGCAAAGUUGUCGCUGUUGGGUGAAUCCACAGAGGCCUAUGCUGGAAUACCGACUGAAGUUGUUGAUGAGGAUAUUGAGGCUGAGGAUGAAGAUAACACGCAGCUAAACCUGUUUGAGGAAGAUGACAAGACAUUACCUCCAAUGAGUAACUGGUUUAGUAAGCUGGCUGCAUACACUGGUGGGAUCGAACCAACUGUUGGUGAAACGAAGCAACUAAGAGAAAAGCAAACGAAACCAAAGGAUAACAAACGUUUGGGCACUAUAUUGGGUGUUUUCCUACCAUGCUGUCAAAAUAUAUUUGGCAUACUUUUGUUCCUUCGGGUUGGAUGGAUCACAGGUGUAGCAGGUGUUCUUCAAACAUUCAUCAUAGUAUUACUUUGCUGUAGUUGUACUAUGCUCACUGCCUUGAGUAUGUCAGCGAUUGCAACAAAUGGUAAAGUUCCGGCUGGUGGAUCCUAUUUUAUGAUAUCACGCUCCAUUGGACCUGAGUUUGGUGGGGCCGUUGGCAUACUUUUCUAUCUGGGUACUACGAUUGCUUCUGCCAUGUACUUGGUGGGAGCAGUGGAGGUAUUUCUGAAAUACAUAUGUCCUCAGGCAUCAAUAUUCGGCGAUAUCACAUCAGAUGCCGCUCUCUUUAACAAUACACGCAUUUAUGGCACAAUACUUUUAUUCAUUGUUAUGUGCUGCGUAUUUAUGGGCAUCCGUUUUGUAAGCCGGUUUGCUGCUGUCAGUUUGGUUGCUGUGUUGAUUUCAAUUCUGUGCGUGUAUUUGGGUGUAUUCACGGUUAGCUCGUCUCGAAGUCCCUAUGUUUGUUCACUUGGUGGGCGUUUACUAAGUCGAGAUUUUAUCAGCGUGAAUGGUUCAGUAGAAUGCCAUAAAAAUAUUACUGGACCUAUUUACCAAGCCUAUUGUGGUAAUUCAGAAACCGCGACAGCAGAAUCAUGCUCUUUCUUUCAUGCUAAUAACAUUAGCUAUUUUCCUGCUAUGCCUGGGUUAACUUCGCAAAAGUUUUUGAAGGUCUAUCUGAAGUCAGAUGGUGAUAUUCUACUCUAUCGACCAAGUAACAUUGUGACUAAACCUUCUGUGAAGAAACUUUACGCAACAGUUAAAAAUUUUCUUGAAUCACAUUAUCGGGAAAAAGGAGAAGCAUAUGAUACUACUGAUUUCCCAGCGGAUCGUAAAUAUGGUCAAGGUCCAAAUAUUGCAGAUGUUACAUCGAGUUUCAUGAUUCUCUUGGGUAUAUACUUUCCUUCUGUUACCGGAAUUAUGGCUGGUUCUAACCGAUCAGGUGAUUUAACAAAUCCUCAAAAGUCCAUUCCAUUGGGAACUAUUCUAGCCAUUUCAGUGACAUCAUUUGUAUAUCUAUCAUCACCAUUGGUAUUCGCUGCCAUCUGUGAUGGAGCUGUUAUGAGAGAUAAGUUUGGAGAAAGUUACGGUGGUGGACUGCUGGUUGCUGCUGGAGCUGGUUUACAAUCUUUAACUGGUGCACCACGUCUCUUACAAGCAAUAGCUCAAGACAAUGUUAUGCCUUUCUUGGAUAAAUUCAAGGUGAUUACAAAACGCGGUGAACCGUUAAGAGCUCAACUACUAUGCUAUGGAAUAGCUCAGAUAGGAAUACUCAUAGCUUCAAUAGAUUAUCUUACACCACUCAUUACUAUAGUGGAUGAGUGUAUUGUUUAUGGAUAUGUAUCAAAUCCGUCAACACUGAGAGCUGCACAAGCAUGCGAUGUAGCAAUGUUAGUACCGAAAGGGAUAGAUUCAUUUCCGUUGAGUAAAGGCAUUCAAAUGACUGGAAACGUUGAUGUUUGGUGUAUUGUACAUGAUGGUGGUCUGCUAUUGCUGACGUCAUAUCUUCUUAUGCGUAAUCGUGUAUGGCGUAAAUGUCACUUACGCGUCUUUGUUGUUGCCAAUGAAGAUGACGAUACCGUGAACCUAAAAAAAGAUAUGACCAAAUUCAUGUAUGACCUGAGGAUUCAUGCUUCUGUGGAUGUUGUAGCUAUGAGUACAGCUGAUAUAUCGGCUUAUGUUGCUCAACGUACAGCUAGCAUUGAACAACGACGAGCACUUCUAAUGCAGAUGAAAAUAUCCACUGUACAAGCACGUUGUGACCCUCAACUUAUUGUCGAUCAACAUCGUAAACCAAGUUCAGCAGAAAUAUUCCAGUCAGAUAUUAUCAAAUCGAAUUGUUCAGCUGAAUCGCAUAAACUGUUACCAGCUAUAUCAGUGACGUCAACUGAAAGCUCAGACCAAUCGCCUGAUCAUGAAACAAAUAUAACCAAUAUUAGUAGUAAUGACUCUGCUUCUAAAACAUGUGUGAAGCCUAAUCUGAAAUCGGAUACAGAAUCCAACAAUAAAUCUGUUUCAAAUCAUUCACAUCAAUGUACUGUAUCAUUUGCAACUGGUUCAGUUAUGACAGUCAAUGAAAAUGAUAAGUCUACUAAUUUAGAAGCGAAUGAUGAUGUACAGGCUGAAAUCAAUCGUGAUCUGAAUGAAUUCACCUUUUCACCAUCUUAUCCAUUAACUAAGCUGGCUCAAAAAGCUGCAAAAGAAGCUACUGAUACUAAUCACAAUAAUAAUGAUAAAAUGGGUCCUAAAGGUGAAACUCCGUCAAAUAAAAUGCAUUCAGGAAAAAUGUCUAAAACUCAACGUCGUUUACACUGUGCUGUACGCCUAAAUGAAUUAUUACGUGAUUAUUCUAGUGAAUCAGCUUUAGUAAUUGUUAAUAUGCCUGGACCAUCGCGUACUAUGGGAAGUGAAUACUACUAUAUGGAUUAUAUCGAAACACUAACUGACGGUUUAUCACGCAUACUGCUUGUUCGUGGAACGGGACGUGAGGUGAUCACUGCAUUUUCUGAAUAAACUCCAAUAUUCUUUUUGUCUUACUACUGAUUUAUUUCAGCCUAUUGGCAUCUUAUUGAUGAUACACAAUGCGUAAUUGAUUUAAAAAAAUAAAUAAUUAGAAACUAGUCAAAAAGCAUUAUGAAUUUUUGUUUUCUUAAGAAUUUUUAAAUUAAAUUAUUUUAUCUCUUACCGUCUGAAAGCGGAAUCCGUUAUUGUUUGAAUUUUGUCAUCGUUUCUUACUCACUAGUAUUGUUGGUUUUGUAAAAGUUUUUUCAUGAUCCAGGUAGUUACAUCUGUUCUUCGUUUUUGCUGUCCAUUGUUUGAAAGACAAUUCAGCAGAAUUAAAAAUUGUAAUUCAAAGUUAUCUUGUAUUUAAAAUAAAUAGUAUAGUAGUAUUUUUGUGCUGUUUGUUUUCAUGCCUAGUCCUCUCUCUCCCGCCCUCCUCUUUUGUACUGCUGAAAUUUUAUAACUAUUAUGAUGAUAAUUUAUGGUUAAGAGGUAAGAAUUUGUAAGAACAAUAAGAUGACUUGGAAAAGCAUGCAGAUCACCUAUAUCUUCUGCAUUAGAGAAUUACAUCUGAUAUUAUUGUCAUUUCUCUUCUGUCUACAUAAUUCUUCCUCUUCUUGUUCUCAUUCGUAUGUAUCCUUCUUCUCUUUUCAAUUCUGUACCUCAUUUUUCCCUCUAACUGUAUUCUUUUGAAUAAAAACAUUUGAGAAUCAUAUUUUCUGUGGGUAGUUGACCUUCAGUACGUACUGGAGAUAUUAUUCUUUCCCUUUAUUCUUCAUGGAUGAGAAGACGAAUGAGAGCUAACCGUGUGGAAAUGAAGUGGCAGCUAUAUUCAAUUUACCAGGAUCACCAUGUAUGAAGUAUAAUGCAUAAAAAAGUUUUGCAACAUCUUACACUUUUGUUUACCGUUUGUUUUUCCACAUUGUUCUCCUUCUGUCCUUUACUGAAGUGAUUUAUUUAUUACAAGAAGCAGGAAAUUGGAUUGUUUAUCUUCGUGUUUUCAAGAUGGAAAACGAGGCGAAAAUAGUCACAUCUACUUGUGACAAACCAUGCAGUCUUUAAAUUAUGUCUACUACUUACUAUGUUGUUGUUUUCCUUUACUCUACCUCACAUAUAUACACUUCUUUAUUUCAAGUUGUGCACAAUAUCUCAGUCAACCGAAUUGAUGAGUUAAUUUUUUUAGUAUUCCUUUUCUCAUCAUGGCUUUUGUUUAAUAUCCACCAGUAUAUACACACAAAUUGUGUUAUCUUGAAGGCUUGAUAUGCAUAGAUUUUAGUGUCAUAAAUUACUUUUUAUUUUGGUGUAUCCACCUAUGUAGUUUACUAUUAUACGCCUGUAGAAUACUUGGUCAAAAAAUCUUAGUAAAUGUUUUUCCGAUAUAAACUGAGUUAUACAUGUAAACAUGCGCCUAAAUUUCUUAUUCUUCUUCAUCUUACACAUACACAUUGCAUCUUACGAUAUAAAAAGAAUUUCAGUUCGAAUUCCUUCUGUGUUGUUUCUUCGGGGAAAAUAAACUUAUUUGUCAAGUUAGAAUAAUUCUUAGUUCUUUAAGUUGAUCACCUCAGUUUGUAUUCCUCAUCAUCCAACAGCACUGUUUCGAAUAUCCCCCCUUCAAAACAUCUUUGUUGCAUCAUGAAUUACCCAAGCGUUAUGCUUGUUGAGGUCUUUUUAUAACGCGUGUAAGCACAUACAUUAUUUACAGAGGUAUACAAUUUCCGACAUAUCAGUCAUUCCGAAAUGCUGUUUCAUCUUUCGCGUAAGUCCAUUGCGCU